AUGAUUCUUUUCUGGAUACUAGACACCAAUGAAUGGAUGCUCUUUGAUUCAAACCCAGUCGACUACUUUCUUCAGGGUGUUGUAGGUGCGUGUGGAAUAUCAGUGCUGCGCAGUCUGUUGAGAGUUUACAACUUGAUUCAAACAUGCAGUGAUUCUCAAGGUGAAACUGAGAGUAAACGGAGGUUGUCCACAGCGGCUGGUCCUCAGAAGGGCUCCUGGAGAGCAACCCUCCACUUCUGGUGCCUGGCAGUCCUCCUGUCCCUGGUGGGCUCCAGGGUUUCCUCCUUGGUCGUGCUGGAGUUCUCCCUCAGAGUUGUUUUUGCCUGCGCAUCGGAAGGUCUGGAUGGAAGCAGCAGAGGUCUGGACCUUCUCCUCAUCCAGAGCCAGUUCUCUCUGGGCUGCAGCCUCACCUGCACUCUGGCUUUCCUCCAUCAGGGGGCUCCACACAGCUCCCUCGGCCUGCUCCUGGCUGCAGCUCUCAGCCGGGCACUGGCAGGCCUCUGCCACGGGCUGUGGAGCCAUGCCGUCCGCCUCUACCCACUGCACAGCACCGAGCGGUACUGUGGGAAGUGCAUCACCCUGCAGACCUCGGGACACGGCAUCCUGGGCUCGCUGCAGAGAGCAGUCAUCCUGGCUUUUGCUGUUGCGGCCGUGGCUGCCACUUCCACCGUUUAUGAGCACUUCUUGUCCCAGAAGGACGCCGUGAAGUUCUGGACUCCGCUGACCCUCUGUUACUACUCCAUGCUCGUUUUCUAUAUUCAAGAGGAUCAGCAUCGACAGCCCGGCGCCGAGGCCCUCUUACACACAGUUGUGGUGCGACUGGGAGGCUUGCUGGUGCUCAUGCUGACAUUGGGCAGCUGGUCCGACGUCCUCCACGUCCUCGUCGCUUUCGUUGGAGAAGGAGUCUGCAUGCUGCCCUCGCAGGACCUGCUCCAGGCCGCACUGAAGGAACAUGAACAAACCAGGCUGAUCAGACAUGAGAGCUCCAGUCACAGAAGAAGACUGAGAAAAUCAGCCGACAGCUGA